GUAAAAUCAGACUAUGACCAUCUUUGAGAAACCUUUCUCAGAGUGACCAAAGAUCGAGAUUUGGCUGCAAGGGGAAAACACCAGCUCCAAGCCAAGCUGGAGAACCUAGAGCAGGUCCUAAAGCACAUGCGAGAGGCUGCGGAACGGCGGCAACAGCUGGAGCUGGAGCAUGAGCAAGCCUUGGCUGUCCUCAACGCCAAACAGCAGGAGAUCGAGCUGCUGCAGAAGGCUCAGGUUGAAGCUAAGAAGGAACAUGAAGGAGCAGUUCAGUUGCUAGAGGCCAAGGUGCGGGAGCUGGAGGAGAAAUGCCGGACGCAGAGCGAGCAGUUUAACCUCCUGUCGCGGGAGCUGGAGCGGUUCCGGCAGCAGGCGGGCAAGAUCGACCUCCUCAGCAGCAACUCCCUGGCACCCCCGGGCCUGGCUGGGGCUCCUGGAAAAUCCCUGUCCCAGCUGAUGAAUGGAAUUGCCACUUCCAUAGGCAAAGGUCAUGAAAGCCCUUCUGGGAGUCGCUGUGUGAUUUCAGAGUUUAUCCGGCCCCUUCAGAUAUCUGGAGACAAACCAGAACAACUGUCUGUCAAACCCACAUUCCUGUCCAAGUCAAGAUCUGGGACCCCAAGAUGCAGAUUUGAUUCAGACAUGGAUAAUGAUCAGAAUUCCAAUACCUCAAAGCAGAGAUAUUCUGGGAAAGUCCACCUUUGCAUUGCCCGGUACAGCUACAACCCCUUUGAUGGACCAAAUGAGAACCCGGAGGCGGAGCUCCCUCUCACGGCAGGAAAAUACCUUUAUGUCUACGGGGACAUGGACGAGGACGGCUUCUACGAAGGAGAACUUCUGGAUGGACAAAGAGGACUGGUCCCUUCGAACUUUGUGGAUUUUGUUCAAGACAACGAGAGCCGGUUGUCGAGCACACUGAGCAGCGAGCAGGAUCAGAACUUCAUCAACCGCUCGGGCCCUGCCCUGGAAGGAGAUCUCCUGGAGAUCAGUCCCCCGAGUCACAUCGACUCCGGCGUGGUCAGCAACGGCGCGGGGACGCUGGACGUCAACAUCGAUGAGAUUGGAGAAGACAUUGUGCCUUAUCCCAGAAAAAUCACCCUUAUCAAACAACUAGCCAAAAGUGUCAUUGUGGGCUGGGAGCCACCGGUGGUGCCGCCCGGCUGGGGAACCGUCAGCAGCUACAACGUCCUGGUGGACAAGGAGAUCAGGAUGAACGUAGCCCUGGGCAGCAGGACGAAAGCCCUGAUAGAAAAGCUCAACAUCUCCACCUGCACGUACCGGAUAUCCAUCCAGAGCAUCACCAACAAGGGCAACUCCGACGAGCUGCAGUGCACCUUGGUGGUGGGCAAGGACGUCAUCGUAGCCCCCUCCAACCUCAGAGUGGACAACAUCACCCAGAUCUCUGCUGAGCUGUCCUGGCUCCCUACAAACAGUAAUUACAGUCAUGUCAUCUUCCUGAACGAGGAGGAGUUUGACAUUGUCAAGGCUGCUAGCUACAAGUACCAUUUUUUUAAUUUGAAGCCCAAUAUGGCCUACAAGGUGAAGGUGAUGGCAAAGCCCCACCAGAUGCCCUGGCAGCUUCCCCUGGAACAGCGAGAAAAAAAGGAAGCCUUUGUGGAAUUUUCUACAUUGCCAGCAGGUCCUCCAGCUCCACCUCAAGACGUGUCUGUCCGGGCAGGGUCCACGCCAGGGACCAUCCAGGUGUCCUGGAAGCCCCCGGUGCUGUCGGCGACGGGGACGUCACACGGUGCCAGCGUCACGGGCUACGGUGUCUACGCCAAAGGCCAGCGGGUGGCCGAGGUGAUGUUCCCAGCAGCCGAGAGCGCGCCGCUGGAGCUGCGCAGCCUGCGGAGCCUGGACGCCAGGGAAGUGACGGUCCGGACGCUCUCUGCGCAGGGAGACUCGGUGGACUCUUGUGUUGCUGCCAUUCCAUCUGACCUCCUGGUGCCUCCAACCCCUCACCCCAGAACUGCUCCCAAAUCUAAGCCAUUAGCAAGUGCCGGAGCCCCAGAAACCAAAGAAGAACACUUAGGCCCACAUUUAAAAAGGGAUGAGUCGUGGGAGCAGACUCGUUCGGUGUCCCCUGUCCACGGACACAUGCUGGAGCCACCCAACUUCCACGGCCCACUCCAGGGGAGGAGAUCUCCAUCCCCCAACAGAAUCCUGCCCCAGCCUCAAGGCACUCCAGUCCCCAACACCGUCGCAAAAGCCAUGGCAAGAGAAGCUGCACAAAGAGUGGCAGAGAGCAACAGGAUGGAGAGGAGGAGCGUUUUCAGCGAGCGGAGCAGCGCGGCCCCGUUCUCCGAUGAGGAGGAGGAUGGUUACGACUCCCCCAAGGUCAAGCGAAGGGGAGCCUCGGUUGAUGAUUUCCUGAAAGGGUCAGAACUUGGCAAGCAGGCUCACUACUGCCACGGGGAUGAGUACCAGACGGAGAGCAGCCGCGGCUCUGACCUGUCUGACAUCCUGGAGGAGGAUGAGGAGGAGCUCUACUCCGAGAUGCAGCUGGAGGAGGGCGGCCGGCGGCGCCUCAGCCUCACCUCGCACGGCGCGCUCAAGGAGUACGAUAAGACCACUGAAGCCACUUUUUGGGAGCAGCCUGACUUUGCCCAGCAGACACAGCACAGUAAAAGGCUUUUCAGUAUUCCAGAAGUGGCUGAAGAGGACGGUGAAUACUCUGAACUGCUGUACAGGCAGGGUUUAGGUAUGCCCUAUAGAAAGAACCCCAGAGUAGGCAGAGAGCCCAGAGCACGCAGGCGCUGUCCCCAGGAGCAGCAGCACAGCCCCUGGCACCGCUCGGGGCCGGGGCUGGAGGAGCUGGGGCCGGACGAGCGCGGAUGCAAAUUCAGACAGACCCUGUCCCGGAGCCCCGACAGCGGGCUGGACUGCGGCAGCGAGGAAGAGGAGCCCAGGGGCAGUGCCAGACACACCUGGGAUGAGGAUGAGGAGCAGCCCCAGCACAGAGCCCAGGGGGACGCAGAGCCCUGCCCCUGCCGGAGGGGCCCGCGGCCGCUGCUGGCCCGCAGGAGGACCCUGACCAGGCAGAGCAGCAUCGAGGAGGAUUUCGGGGAGCUGGGGCCGUCCCUCGGGGAGCCCAGGAGCGAGCAGAGCCAGCAGAGGAGGUCGGCAGCUCAGAAGGGCCACAGAACAGAUCGAGUGGCUAACGAAGAAGUGCAGGGAGGCUGGAAGAGCGACUUUAAAGCAGCUGACUCUAGGGCAGCUGCUGUCCCUGCAAAGCCAUCCCACAGAGAUGCAGAAGACUCUCUGCUUUUGGGUAACCCAGCCUCGGCAGGACGGCAGGACAGGGUGGAGCACGCAGGGCGGAGGUCCCACGGCAGCGCGGUGCCACCGAGGUCCCGGCCGGUCUUGGUCCCCUCCAUCGAUGGCUAUGGUGGCCAUGACCAUCUUUCUCCAGAUAUUUAUGAGGAGUCUGAAACAGAUCCCGGCACAGAAGAUCUUUCCACUCGAAUAUUUGUUGCACUUUUUGACUACGAUCCACUGACCAUGUCCCCAAACCCCGAUGCUGCAGAGGAGGAGCUGCCAUUUAAAGAAGGACAGAUCAUUAAGGUUUAUGGGGACAAAGAUGCUGAUGGAUUUUACCGUGGAGAAACCUGUGCAAGAGUUGGCCUUAUCCCCUGUAAUAUGGUCUCUGAGAUACAAGCAGAUGAUGAAGAGAUGAUGGAUCAGCUUCUCAAACAAGGUUUCCUUCCUUUGAACACUCCAAUUGAGAAAAUCGAGCGGGGCCGGCGCAGGCAGCAGCAGCAGCUCAGCACCAGGAGGAUGGUGGCUCUCUAUGAUUACGACCCCAGGGAGAGCUCCCCGAACGUGGAUGUGGAGGCUGAGCUGACGUUCUGCACCGGGGACAUCAUCACUGUCUUCGGUGAGAUCGAUGAAGAUGGAUUUUAUUAUGGUGAACUCAAUGGACAGAAGGGGCUGGUUCCUUCCAACUUCCUUGAAGAAGUGCCUGAUGAUGUUGAGGUGUUCCUCUCCGACGCACCCUCGCGCUACGUCCACGACACACCCACGCGAUCCAAGGCAAAAAGGGUUCCUCCUGAGAAUACAGGUACACCCCGGAGAGCAGCAUCCCCCACAGCUCAUCUCCAUUCCGGGUCACCUCCGUCUCCGGUGAUGGGCUCUGGUAGUCCCGGGAGAGGCAGGGAUAUGGCCUCGAAAAAGAAAAAGGGGCUGCUUUCCAAAGGCAAGAAACUGCUGAAAAAGCUUGGUGCAGUGAAAUGAGUCCUGUGCUCCUGGACAACUUGUAAAGCUUCCAGUCUGUGUACUUCUUUUUUUUUUUUUUUUUUUUUUUUUUAAAGUCAAAACUAGGGCUUUCAUGACUAUGCAGUACUUUACCAGACCUUUGCAUUUUUAACUCUGACAUCAAUAGAAUCAUGUCAAUCGCUUAAUCAAAACAGCAAGAAAAAAAGGAAGUGGAUUUGGUGUUGGUAAAAACAUUAUUUAAAAAGUAAAAAAAUAAAAAAUAUAAAUAGAUAUUGUGGGAUUAAGGCCAGAAGAACAUGGUUUUAUUUGUAGUCAACACCUGCAACUCCAUUGGAAAAAUCUCAGCCUUUAUUCUCCUUUAACCAUGAGUGGGGGGAGAAAACUCUCUUCACUGAUUGCUAGCUCAGAGAGAUCACCCCACUGUAUCCAAUCAUUAGCAUUAACAACAAUGGUCUUGAAACUCCUAGUUGAAUCAGCCUUGAUGUUUUGCCUUAUUAAUGCACAAUGAUUUGUACUGUCUAAUAAAUAUGCAGCGUAUACUUUGUAUGUACUGUGUAUUCUGCUGUCUCCAUCCUCCCUCCCUCCCUCCCUCCCUCCCUCCCUGCGGGAUUCCAGAUCAGUCACUGACCCCGGUGAGCUCCUGGAGUGUGCAAGUGCUGUGCUGAACGCUACAUUUGAGUUUUUGCUGCCCCAGUACAACCCAAACCCCUGUGUUGAUUUGUCCUUCUCGCUCUGCUGAACGGGGCAGUGUGAGGGACCCAGAACCUCACCUGGUUCCAAGCACCCGAGCUCCAGCUUUGGGCUCCUGGUUCUCUUCCACGCCCCUGGGACAAAGCCAGCUGCUCGCCCACCCCCCUUUCUUUACUCCCCGUUUUCCCUGGGGGGUUCAGGCCAGGUUGGAAGGUGUUUUCAGGGUGCUGCUGGCAGCUCCAGGCUGCAGCAGCUCCGGAGGGAGGGACAGACUGUCCCGGGCUCCGAGCAGUCAGGAGAAGCUCCCCCACACACUGAUGGCAGUCAUUGGCUGGUACUAUUUUGUAAUUCUUGUCCAUUUGUAAAUUGUUUUUACUGUUUAUACAUACUUUUCAGACUGCCUUUCUUUUUGUAAUUUAUGGAAGGUUUAUAAAUGAAUGAUCAAAGCUUCCCCAUUGUGUCUUCAGAUAACAAUGUAAAUUACUGUAAAAUACUGUGUGCUAGAUUAUAACAUUUAAUUAAAGAAAAUAACUGGCCUACGUUUGUGGUAAAGUACUGUGUGGGUGUGUGCAUGUGUACAAUCAUUGUGUAUUAUAUUUUAUAUAAAUAAAUUAUUUGAUAUUUUGUA